GGGUCUGCUCCCGCCGCCCGGGGCAACCGGAGGAAAAUGAGCCUGAAGUCUGAACGCAGAGGAAUUCAUGUUGAUCAGUCAGAGCUCCUGUGCAAGAAGGGAUGUGGUUACUAUGGCAAUCCAGCUUGGCAGGGAUUUUGCUCCAAGUGCUGGAGAGAGGAAUACCAUAAGGCCAGGCAGAAACAGAUUCAAGAGGAUUGGGAGCUGGCAGAGCGGCUUCAGCGUGAGGAGGAGGAAGCCUAUGCCAGCAGUCAGAGCACCCAAGGGGCACAGUCCCUAACCUUUUCAAAAUUUGAGGAGAAGAAAACCAAUGAGAAAACAAGGAAGGUCACUACUGUGAAGAAGUUCUUCACUGCUUCUUCUAGAACAGGAGCCAAGAAGGUGGCUCAAGAGAAAAUCGUUAAGCAAGGACAGCUUGGGAGGGAGCGAAAUGCUGAUAACAUUCUCAGGGAUUUGAAGGAAAUUUUUACUCCCUCCUGGGAACUGGCUUCCCCUACUGAAGUGUUGGCUGGCAAGUUGAAAGCAGAGAUCCAAGAAGCCAAGGCUCCCAGCCCUUCCAUAAACAGGCAGGCUAGCAUCGAGACAGAUCGAGUAUCCAAGGAAUUCAUAGAGUUUCUCAAGACCUACCAUAAGCCUGGACAAGAUAUCUAUAAGCAAUGUAAACUGUUUUUGGACACAAUGAAUCAUAAAAGGGACUUGAGUAUUGAGGAGCAAUCUGAAUGUGCCCAGGACUUCUAUCAAAACGUAGCAGACAAAUUACAGACACGUUGGAAAGUGCCCCCUGAAAAAGUGGAGAAGGCAAUGGAUCAGAUUGAAAAGUACAUCAUGACUCGACAGUAUAAAUAUGUCUUUUGCCCUGAAACAACUGAUGAUGAGAAGAAAGAUCUUGCUGUCCAAAAGAGGAUCAGGGCUCUGCACUGGGUAACUCCCCAAAUGCUGUGUGUUCCUGUCAAUGAGGAGAUCCCAGAAGUCUCUGAUAUGGUUGUGAAAGCAAUUACAGACAUUAUCGAGAUGGAUUCAAAGCGUGUCCCUCGUGAUAAAUUAGCAUGCAUCACCAAGUGCAGCAAGCAUAUAUUUAAUGCUAUUAAAGUCACCAAAAAUGAACCAGCUUCUGCUGAUGACUUCCUUCCCACACUGAUAUACAUUGUUUUGAAGGGCAACCCACCCCGGCUGCAGUCUAACAUCCAGUACAUAACACGCUUCUGUAAUCCAAGCAGGUUAAUGACAGGAGAAGAUGGCUACUAUUUUACCAACCUGUGCUGUGCUGUGGCCUUCAUUGAAAAACUGGAUGCUCAAUCUUUAAAUCUAAGCCAAGAAGAUUUUGAUCGUUUUAUGACUGGUCAGACAUCCCCAAAGAAGCAAGAACCUGAGAGUUUUUCACCUGAUGUGUGCCUGGGUGUUAAGCAAAUGUAUAAAAACUUAGACCUCCUAUCUCAGCUGAAUGAGAGACAGGAAAGAAUUGUCAGUGAAGCCAAGAAGCUGGAGAAAGACCUAAUAGAUUGGACUGAUGGAAUUACAAAGGAAGUCCAAGAUAUUGUUGAGAAAUAUCCGUUAGAAAUCAAACCAAAAAAUCAAGCCUUAGCAGCUAUUGACUCUGAAAAUGUGGAGAAUGACAAGCUACCCCCACCACUGCAGCCUCAGGUUUAUGCAGGGUAAUUCUCAGUGUUAACUUUGAAAAGUGUCAUUGUCCUCACCUAGUGCUAUCUGCUACUUGGGAAGGGGAAGAGGCAAUUUAAGGCUAAAAUUCAGAUGAGCUUAAAUCAGUACCUUUUUAAAGGUUGGUUUGUUUUGGGUUUUGGUUUGUUUUCAUUUUCUUAAGUGUAUUUAUUUUAGUCAAGUAGGUUUCUGUUAGGCUUUGGUGGGGUUUUUGAACUGAAUUUAAAUUUUCUACACAAACUGGUGUAAUUUUUAAGCAACACUAGUCCAUUGACAUCUUUCCUGAAGGCUACCUUCUAGGCAUGCACUUAACUUGGUUUUAGCAAUUUCACCUGAACUCGAGUUCCAGCAGAAGCUCAAAAGGUAAAAUGUUAGUUUCAGUUGAUUCUGUAGCUGUAAAGAUGAAAUUAUAUAGUGUAAAAUAUGUAAAAUUGUAAAUAGGUUUCAACUCUAAUGUCUCAGCUGUGCAUGACACCUUGUGUGUGAGUGAAAAUGAUAUCAAAAGUGUUCAUUUCAGCACCUUUCAGUUAAAAAAUCACCUUGCAGUAUAAAGGCAGGUACACUCUUCAUGCUUCCAUAAGCUGGGUGGUAUAAUGAUGAAUUACAGUCAGAGGAUACUGUGAUGAGUGGAGAACUAAACAUUCAGCUUGAAGUCUGCUCAGUAAAAAAAAAAAAAAAGUGCUAUUUGAAACACAUUUCUUCAUGUAAACAUUCUCUCUGCUUUGUCAGUUCACCUGAUCACCUUCAGGGGUGCAUAGAAGUGCUGAUGUUACUGCAUUUGAGGGGAAUGUUGAGCCAGGCUUCAGAAAUAGGAAGGAAUAUUUGUGUUUAAAAAAAGCAUAAUGUAGAAUAAAAAGGGGAAGGGGAGGAGAUAUUUUAAGAGUUGCACCAAAAGUGGCUUUCUUUUCUGGUGUUGCCCAAUAAUUUCCAUCCAUGGGUUAGGUCUUGAUUGCUUCUUUGACAAUCCUGGUAGGUAAAGAAGUUCAUAUAAUGAGAGGCUGCUUUUUAGAAGAAGGAUGAGCUAUUGCUCUGAGGAGAAAAAUGCACUUUAUUUUCAUGAAACAGCAGCCUCCUGAUCUUUAGUGACUCUCUUUAGCAAAAAGACUUACCUUGCUAAAGCACUGAACAUCAAGAUAAAUGUGGCUUGAUGUCACAGUGUUUCAAGAAGAACAGCUCACUCUGCAAAAAGUAACCUCUUAGAGUAGAACUUUUUUAUGCCAGUGAAAUGUUGGAUAUGUCAUUUUUUUUUAAGUAUCUUCCAGUGACUCCAGGCUGCCAUCUCUUGUUUGUGUACCUGAGAUAUCAAACAUAAUGCUACUUAGCUUCAGCUACUUCUCUAAGCAAUGUUAAAUUCUUACCAUCAAGGAGGGAAGUGCCUACCUCUUCAUUCUGUUCCACUGCAACUUUAAAUUUGCACUGCAAUAAUUUCAGACCACAACUGUGAUUUGUCCCCUCCCCUUGUAAUUUUUUUCAUCCAGUGGGUUGAACCUUAGGAACUAUGCACUCCUAGUGUUUCAGAGAACCGGUUUACCCCAAACUCCACUAAUGAGGUGAAGCUAAAUAGAUCACAGGGAGCAGAUUAAUUAAUUAAUUAUUGGUGUGUCACUGUGCCCAACUUGCUUAGGAUCUGAUCUGACCAGUGCUUACAGUAAUAAUACUGUAAAACCUUGACUUUCUUUCUAAACACUAGGUGCUAAUUCUGAUAUCCAGGUACACAGGUUUUCCGGGGGGUGGGGAGGGAGAAGCAAACUUUGAACUCUUGUGUAAAUUGCCAUGUUUAAAUAAA